AGAUAGUAACAAAAUGACGUUCGCUCCGUUGACAGCAUUGGUUGAGGAAAAGACACUCCCCCAAAGUUUCAUCCGAAUAGAGGAUGACCGUCCCAAAGUGGCUUACAACCAGUUCAGCAAUGAAAUCCCAGUGAUUUCUCUGGCUGGAAUAAUGGGAGAGUCUGAGAGUCAGAGAGAGGAGAUAUCCAAAAAAAUAGUGGAGGCAUGCGAGGAGUGGGGUAUGUUCCAAGUCAUCGACCAUGGUGUGGAGGAAGAUCUCAUCUCUGAGAUGUACCGACUGAGCAGAGAAUUCUUCUCUUUGUCUGAUGACGAGAAGCUCCAAUUCGAUAUGACUGGUGGCAAGAAGGGCGGAUACCUGGUUUCCAGUCACCUCCAGGGAGAGGCAUUCCAUGACUGGCGCGAGUUCUUCACUUUUUUCACAUAUCCUGUUGAGAGUCGGGACUACUCGAGGUGGCCCGACAAACCAGAGGGAUGGAGGAAAGUGACGGAGAGCUACACCAAGAAGAUGAUGGAUGUGGCCUGCAAGUUAAUGGAGGUGUUAUCAGAGGCAAUGGGCCUUGAGAAAGAGGCCCUGGCUAAAGCUUGUAUCAACGUGAAUCAGAAGCUGCUUACCAACUUCUAUCCAAAAUGUCCACAGCCUGAACUUGCACUUGGUGUUAAGAGACACACUGAUCCUAGCACUAUUGUUCUUCUCGUCCAGGACCAGGUGGGAGGGCUCCAGGCUACAAGAGAUGGGGGCAAGACAUGGGUCACCGUCCAGCCCAUCCAGGGUGCACUUGUUGUCAACAUUGGCGAUCAUGGCUAUUUUCUAAGCAAUGGGCGGUUCAAGAGCGCAGAUCAUCAAGUAGCUGUUAACUCCAGCUACAGCCGUUUGUCAAUCGCGACCUUCCAUAACCCAACGCCAGAGGCAAUUGUGUAUCCUCUUAAAAUCAGACAAGGAGAAAAGGCAGUGCUGGAUGAACCAAUCACCUUUACUGAGAUGUAUCGAAGGAAGUUUGCUAACGAGCUGGCGGUUGGCUGGAACAAGAAGAUCCCCAGUAAGGAGCAGCAGCAGUUGCAGCAAGAGCCGGAGAAACCCAACCUGCACCAGCUGCAGCAGGAGACCAAACUCAAACGCCCAGAAGAGAUAUUUGUUUAA